AUCCCGAUAUCGCGUUCAUGGCGCGGGUCCGUGGACGAACGUUCAUUUACCUUGCUUGACUCUCUGGUAACCAUCUCGUGCAUCUUCCAUUCGUUCGACGUUAGCUCACCAUGUCUGCAUUCUUUGGCUUAGGAAAGACUCGAACAUUCAAACCACGCAAGGAUGUACCGGAGGGUACAAAGCAGUAUCAACUUAGAAAGUAUGCGGAGGCUACACUGGGCUCAGGUAAUCUGCGUCUCGCCGUUCAGCUCCCCGACGGAGAGGACCUUAAUGAGUGGCUAGCUGUCCACGUCGUGGACUUCUUCAACCACUUGAACAUGCUCUAUGGGACGGUGACGGAGUUCUGCACACCCCAAGAGUGUCCGAUCAUGUCUGCUGGACCACGAUAUGAAUACUUGUGGGAAGACGGCGUGAAAUUCAAGCGGCCGACAAAACUUCCCGCGCCAGAAUAUGUCGACGCCCUCAUGAACUGGGCCCAAGGAUUGUUGGAUAAUGAAGAGGUCUUUCCAAACAAGAUCGGUGUCCCGUUUCCAAAGAAUUUCCGUGAUAAUAUUCGUACGAUCUUCCGACGCUUGUUCCGAGUGUACGCCCACUUGUACAGUAAUCAUUUUGACCAUAUAUGUGCAUUGGGCAUUGAAGCCCAUCUGAACACCAGUUACCGCCACUUCUUCUUGUUCGUUAACGAGUUUGAUCUCGUCGAUAAGAAAGAGCUUGCACCAUUGGACGAGCUCAACGACGCUAUAUUGGCGGAGGACAAGGGCCGGUGACGGAGCAGGGAGUAGUGACGCAAGACAUGAUAUCGCUCUUCACCCUGGACAGUUCUGAGGCAUUCUGGAACUUUGAUGUCCUUUUUAUACAUGUAGUCGUAUACCAAUCGGAUACCCGAACCUACCUUUCUUUU